GAGAUGACCAUCAGCACACUGAGAGGAGGAGAGCAGCGCGCGCACAUGGAGUGUUUCACCAAGAUGGAGAGGAUAAUCGUGUCCAUGCAGGAUCCGGAUAUGGGAAUGAAGAUGAGAAACCAGAGACUGCUCAUUACACUCAUUCCUCACGCCAUGACCGGAAGUGAUAUUGUUGAAUGGCUGAUAAAGAAAUAUAACAUCACUGAAGAAGAGGCAUUACAUAUCGGGAACUUCUUGGUGAAGUACGGAUAUAUUUACCCGUUAAAGGAACCUCGGAACCUGAGUUUGAGACAAGACGAGUCGCCUUAUCGCUUUCAGACUCCAUAUUACUGGACGUCGAGUCGCUGGCCUGCAACAGAGCUGGAUUACGCUAUUUAUUUGGCCAAGAAGAACAUUCGCAAGCAAGGAGAACUGAUAGAGUAUGAAAAGGAGUGUUAUAAUGCUCUGCAUAAGAGAAUCAAUCACACCUGGGACUUUGUGGUGAUGCAGGCGAGAGAGCAGCUCAGGGCAUCGAAACACCGUCGGAAAUCUGAUCGCAUCGUGCUGGAGUGUCAAGAGCAAGCGUACUGGCUGGUCAACAGACCUCCUCCAGGUGCUAUGGAUAUUUUGGAGUUUGGUCCUGAGAGACGGAACAUCACAAACACACGAGUGCUGCUGAACACUGAAUUCUACAGGAGAGAGAUUGAGCAAAUCAGGAAAAACCUGGGAAGAAGGAACCGAAUGAAGUCCUCUGUUUGUCUGGAAAGUUUUGUUAAGUACAGUGCCCAGUACCUGAACCAUGAUCCCAUAAUGCAAGGCUGCCUUCCCAGCAACCCCUGGAUCACAGAUGACACCAUGUUGUGGAAUAUCAACUCAGACAUGGUUGCCAUGCCGACAAAACUCCGUGUGGAGCGCUGGAGCUUUAGCUUCAUGGAGCUGCUGAGUGACCCGAUGGGCAGAAAAGAAUUCCUCACUUACCUGGAGAAAGAGUUCAGUGCGGAGAACCUGUGUUUCUGGCAGGCGUGUGAGGACCUGCGACACGGAGAAACUUCCAAAAUCCCAGAGAAAGUGGACGAGGUUUACAACCAGUACCUCGCUCCCGGAGCUGCACACUCGGUCAACAUCGACGGUAAGACGAUGGCUGUCACUCUGGAGGGAAUGAAGAACCCAGAUCGCUUCGUCUUCGACAGCGCACAGAUGCACAUCUACGUCCUCAUGAAGAAGGACUCGUACACUCGCUACUUAAAGUCUGAACAGUACAAGAGCUUGCUAGCGAAAGCUGUAGUACCACAGGAAACAAAGAAGAGUGUGUUCCCGUGUAUGCGUCGUCAGCGAAAUUCAAGCUACGCCCCAUCUCUGAUACAAACAGGAGAUGAAAAUGGAAAGAACAACGCUGGAACUGCUUCACAGAUUUAAUCACACACACACACACACACACACACACAUGCGCACACACACACACAUAUAUAUUACAGAUGCAAUAAGUUUAAAGCCUGUACUAUAACCCAUAUGCUCCAAUGUGCAGAACCUGAACCGUACAGAACUGAAAGUGAGUUCACACCUGCACCUGUUUCUUUUCAUUAUUAUAAUGUUUAUUCAGCUGAUUCAGCAGGGUUGCCAUGGAUACUCAGAAAUGAGCCUUCUGUGCAUUUUAUAAGUUACGAGUUAUAGUGUAGUGAAUUCAGAUGUUUGGACCUUGGAUUGAAAAUCUUAAUGCACUAGAACACACACACACACACACACACACACACACACACACACACACACACACUCAGGCUGAAUUUAUUGAAUAUUUACACCAUGUAGGUGCCUGAAAUGUAAAAGUCCACAAUAAACUACAGAUUAUUUAGUCACAUCAUAUCGAAUUAAUUCUAAUUAAAAUAUAGCGAUACUUAAUAAUAUGCAUUAAAUCACAUUAAACUGCUAUUUUAACCUUCUAAUCUGUUUACUAUUUUUUUCCACAUUGUUUCACAAGUUAAAUAUUAUAUAUUAUUCAUCACUGUUUAUUUUUUUCAUUGUAUUUCUCUGUAUUGUGCAUCGUUUAGUUCGUGCUAAAUACAUGAAUAAGAGUUUUUAUCUGAUCCUUAAAGCACGCAGAAUUUCACCAAAACUGACUCUUCAUAAAGCAGGAACUGAAGUGUGUGAGACUCCGAGUGCCGUGUUUUUUUAUUCCACAUUUUUAUGCCACUUCACCCACAUCAACACUGAUACGCUCAUUUCUAUCUUGGAAAAUAAGAAACGGAGAGAAAUGAGAGAAAGAAAAUAAAAUUGACUUGUGACCAUUUUUACUAUUCCUACUUUACUAUUAAAGCGUAGAACUGUUUCAACAAUGUAAUUAGCAUACGCAGUAAUAAAGCUCCUAUAGCUGUAUGAAAGCUUAUGAGAUUCGCUUAAAAUGUUUAACGCUUAGAGCUGGAACCUCCACGGGCAGGUUCAAGACCGCGACUAGCCGAGUCCGAGUCGAGACCGAGUCAGAAUCGAGUCCAAAUGAAAGUGAGUCAAGACUGAAAAUCAUCAAAUCCUU